AUGGUGCUUACCAAAGAGUGUAGUGCUACAAUUCAAAAGCAUUUGCCUCAAAAGUUGAGAGAUCCUGAGAGUUUUUUGAUCCCUUGCACCAUUGAUGAGGUUACCAUUGAAAGAGCUCUAUGUGAUCUUGGGGACAACAUUAAUCUAAUGCCACUAUCUUUGAUGAGAAAGUUUCAAAUUGAUGAGGUGAAACCCACUAGAAUUUCUCUACAACUUGCUGACCGUUCCAUUAAGUUUCCAAUUGGCAUUGUUGAGAACUUGCUAGUUAAGGUGAGAACCUUUAUAUUUCCUGUUGAUUUUGUUAUCUUGAACAUGGAGGAAGAUGUCAAUACUUCUAUUAUUUUAGGAAGACCUUUUCUUGCCACUGAGAGGGCCUUGAUUGAUGUGUAA